AUGGCCGGCCGCGCCUGCCCGCGCUGCACGUUCAACAACACCGAUGCGCCGAACGGUCGGUGCUUCGUCUGCUCCGCGCAGUUGCCCUCGUUGCGGCGCGCGUGCGCGGCGGCGGCGGCGGCGGCGGCUCUGCCCCCCGCCGCGUCGCAGUCGCGCGAGCUCACGGGGCUCGGCGACUUCCUGGGCUCGGGGCCCAAUGACGUCGCGCCGUCCGCGAUCAAGGCGACGCACGCGGCCGCGAAACGCGCGCGGCCGCCGACGCCCAAGGACGACGAGCCCGCCGGCCGGGACGCGGGGUCCGACGCGACGUUCCGGUCGGCGCCGGGCAAGUCCGCCGACCUCUCGCCGCCCGCGGACGACGACGCGCCCGCGGCGGCGGCCGACGCGGAGGACGUCGACGCGGCGGACGAGAUGGAGGACGUCGACGCGGCCGAGGCGGAGGCGGAGGACGUCGCGCCGGCGGAUUUCGAGAUGGAGGACGCCGCGCCGGCGGACGAGGACGAGAUGGAGGACGUCGCGCCGGCGGACGAGGACGAGGAGCGCGCGUCGUCCGGCUCCGACGUCGCGGACGACGACGACGACUACGACGACGACGACGAGGAUGACGACGACGACGACGACUUCGAGCGCGAGUUCGGGGGCCGCGGCGCCGCGCCGGCGACGCGGGACGCGGCCGAGCGCGACGCGCUCAUGCUCACGGACUCGCCGCCCGACGCCCAGACCGAGGCGGCCGUGGCCGCCGCGGAGGCGUCGCUCGACCGCGAGCGCGACGCGUUGGUCGACCUCACGGACUCGCCGCCCGACGCCCAGACCGAGGCGGCCGUGGCCGCCGCGGAGGCGUCGCUCGACCGCGAGCGCGACGCGUUGAUCGACCUCACGGACUCGCCGGAGGACCUCGGCGGCGGCGACGAGGAGAACGCGCCGGCCAACGGCUCGGAGCCCGCCGUCUGGCGGCCCGUCGUCAAGCGGCCCGUCGAGCGGCCCGCCGCCAAGCGGCCGCUGGGCAGCAGCCUGCGAGCGUGGCUCGACGGCGGGUCCGCCAAGCGGCGCGGCGUCGGCUUCGGCGACGCGUCGCGGCCCCAGGUCGGCGCCGCGUCGCUCGACGACGUGUCGCGGCCCUGGGUCGGCGCCGCGUCGCUCGACGACGCGUCGCUCGAUGACGCGCGGCCCGCCGCGCGGCUCGAGGACGCGCUGGGCGACGGCGCGCUGCUCGCGCUCGACGCGGCGCUCUGCGACGUUCGGCGCCGGGGCCACGCCGCGUCGCUCGACGACGCGUCGCUCGACGACGCGCGGCCCGCCGCGCUGCUCGAGGACGCGCUGAGCGACGGCGCGCGCCUCCGCGCGUUCGGCGACGCGCUGCGGAACUCGCGGACGGACGACGACGCGGCCGCCGUCGGGCGGCCCGCCGUGCGGCCCGCCGUGCGGCCCGCCGCGCGGCCUGCCGCGCGGCUCGCGGACGCGCUGGGCGACGGCGCGCGCCGCGGCGCGGCGUUCGGCGCGCUCGGCGACACGGCGCGCAACUCGCGGCCCGCCGCGCGGCGCGUCGACAUGUCGCGCGCGCUAUGCAAUCCAAGCCGCCACGAGCUCCUGGAGCUCGUCGACGUGCUCCUCCGCACGGGCCUCUGGAAGGUGGGAGGGUGCUACGAGGACCAGAUCGAUAUCCGUCCGUUCAGUUCUACGUACGAGCCGGAGUACUACUACAGACAGGGGGCUAUCCUCCUCGCGUACGGUCUGGUCGACACGGCGCGCGCGGAGCAGCUCGAGACGGCGGCCCUCCAGCGGGCGAAGUUCGAGCUGGGAACCGGCGUCAACACGAAGGACCGCGACGGCCUGCCCCACGACAACUACUCUUCCGCUCGCCCCGGCGCGCUGUACGCGGUGCCCGUGCGGACGGAUGUCGCGACGACGCAGGAGGAGUUCAAGCGGGUGUUUGUCUCGUACUACCUCAAGCUCAAGGGCGGGAAGAAGAAGACGACCUACGAGGAGGGCCGCCAGCAGCACGAGAACACGCUCAGCGUGCCGGACGCGCUCGCGACGCUCAAGGAGCACUUCGAGGCGUCGCAGCUCGAGCGCGUCUUCGUCGGCGGGCGGAAAGGCCUCAACGUCCUCGCGCGGCCGUACCUCCAGGAGCCCGACGGCGACUCGGCCAUCGGCGACGCGCUCAAGAAGCUCACGAAGAGCCGCGAGGACCUCUUCAACGAGGGCAAGUACACGCACGUCAAGGAGCUCUACUUCGAGGAGACCGACGCGGAGGGCCGCAAGCUGCACAAGCAGUGCAAGAAGCCGAGCGGGAUCGCGGGCACGCUCAGCGUGCCGGACACGCUCGCGACGCUCAAGGAGCACUUCAAGCCGUGGCAGCUCGCGAGCGCCUUCAGCCAGAAGUCCCAGGAGGGCACCCACGGCUUCAACGCCCUCGCGCGCCGGUACCUCCAGGAGCCCGACGGCGACUCGGCCAUCGGCGACGCGCUCAAGAAGAUCACGAAGAGCCGCAAGAACCUCUUCAACUACGAGAAGUACACGCGCGUCAAGGAGCUCUACCUCGAGGAGAAGCGCGCCGAGCGGGAGUGCAACCCCUUCGCCUGCUAG